GGGUUGAAAGGAGGUAGGAGUAGUGGCAGUUGCAGAGUUGGGAGUUUCAACCUUUUGGACGACCCGCCGCAACCGCUGUCUCCUGUCAUGGCCUUCUCGUGCGCGGUGUCCUGCGUCCGUUUCCAUGUCAUUCCUCCUAAACCCUUAACUCUUCAUACCUACACCGCCCAUCUCUCACCCUUCUCUCCUCUAAUUUCAAUGCAUAUUUCUCAAAACCCUAGAUACCAUCUUCAUUUUCCUUCCAGAUCACCCCUCCAUGGAGUUUCAAGUCACAAUUCACCGAAAACCCCCAACUUCAGAGUCCGCGCAUCCGCCGACAAUUCCCAAACUUCAUCCUCCAACACCGGACUAGUAAUCGUCUGCUCCGCAAUCACUGUAAUUUUGGCGGUUGUCAAUCGCGUGUUUUACAAGCUUGCUCUUGUUCCUCUGGAGCAAUACCCAUUCUUUUUAGCCCAGUUCACUACUUUCGGGUAUGUGGCUAUUUAUUUUUCUAUACUAUAUAUACGGUAUCGUGCGGGGAUUGUAACGGAUGAAAUGAUAGCCCUUCCAAAAUCACGUUUUAUGGCAAUCGGUAUUCUAGAAGCCCUUGGUGUUGCUUCUGGGAUGGCUUCUGCAGCUAUGCUUCCUGGACCAGCUAUACCCUUAUUGAAUCAGAUAUUUUUGGUUUGGCAGCUGGCUCUUUCUACUCUUAUUUUGGGGAGAAAAUACUCCUUCAAUCAAAUUCUUGGAUGCUUUCUUGUAGCUGCUGGUGUAGUAACCGCUGUUGCGAGUGGGUCAAAUGGUGAUCAAAUGCUGUCAGGAAUUGAGUUUAUAUGGCCAGCAUUAAUGAUAGCUUCAAGUGCAUUCCAAGCUGGUGCAUCUAUUAUCAAGGAAUUUGUUUUUGUUGAUGCUGCAACCCGGCUUAAGGGGAAGCUUCUUGACAUAUUUGUUGUCAAUUCUUUUGGAUCCGGAUUCCAGGCUCUUUUUGUGCUUCUCCUUCUGCCUUUGCUGUCAAACUUCAGAGGUAUACCUUUUCCACAGCUCCCUUCAUACCUAAAAGCUGGUGCUGGUUGCUUUUUGAAUAUUGGAUCCAAUAUACCAGGUUGUGAUGGAGCUCCAUUGCUGCCCCUGCUUUAUUUGGCUACCAAUAUAGCUUUCAACAUAUCAUUGCUUAAUCUAGUAAAAAUUUCCUCUGCAGUAGUUUCUACUCUUGCUGCAAUGGCAUCAGUGCCAAUUUCAAUUUAUGUUCUUAGCCUUCCAUUGCCAUAUCUCCCACAAGGUGCCAGCUUGAGUCCCUUUUUCCUCUUUGGUGGUGUGAUUCUCCUGUUGGGCCUUCUUCUAUACAACAUACCUCAGCCUGCCAAGCAAGACCUUUGAAUUGCUGAAGUAUUUACUUAGAAGAUGAUAUUUUGAUUGAAUUUCAUUAUAAUAUUGUAAAUACUGCCACAUCAUUCUUUACCUUGAAGGUCAUGUUUGGUAAUGGGAAUGAAUAUUUGUUACUAUUCCCAUUGCUCCUUGAACAAUAAUGAAUUUGAUGAUUCCAAUUUUUGUGUUGGAAUCAUUAUUUGUUUUUAUUUUUAAUGUCAUGUAACAA